GAGGCCUAGAUGGGUGGGGCGUGGCCCAGGCUGCGGGGUGUGACCAGGGGCGUGGCUAUGAUGGCAGAACGGGCAAGCCGCGGGUACCGGGACUGGAGCGAACCUUAAGGUUCGUGCUCUGCGGAAGCCCUCAGGGAAUUGCAAAAGGCUGGUGGCUUCCUUUGGAAAUCAGGAGAUGAGAAAAUGGAAGGUUAUUAGAUUCCUGCAAGUUAUUUGGGAACUGAUCAAGAUUUCAAGCUAAAGAUGGAGUUAAUGAAUCGUCUGAGGGCCGUUCUUCAAGCCUCUCCAUGCAAGUCACCGUGGAGAAGAUUCCAGAUUCCGAGGUCCAUGCCAGUGAGGCCCUGCAGCCUCUACACCUGCACUUACAGAACCCGGAACCGAGCCUUGCACCCACUCUGGGAGAGCGUGGACCUGGUCCCGGCAGGCGAGCGCCAGUCGCCCAUCAACAUCCGGUGGAGGGACAGCGUGUAUGAUCCUGGCUUAAAACCGCUCACCAUCUCUUAUGACCCGGCCACCUGCCUCCACAUCUGGAAUAACGGGUACUCUUUCCUCGUGGAAUUUGAAGACUCUACAGAUAAAUCAGUGAUCGAGGGAGGACCCCUGGAAGACAACUACCGACUGAAGCAGUUCCAUUUUCACUGGGGGGCCAUCGAUGCCUGGGGCUCCGAGCAUACCGUGGACAGCAAAUGUUACCCCGCAGAGCUGCACUUGGUGCAUUGGAAUGCAGUCAAAUUUGAAAACUUUGAGGAUGCGGCACUGGAAGAAAAUGGUUUGGCUGUGAUAGGGGUAUUUUUAAAGCUAGGCAAACAACAUAAAGAGCUACAGAAGUUAGUGGAUACUUUGCCAUCAAUUAAGCAUAAGGACACCCUUGUGGAAUUUGGGUCAUUUGAUCCUUCCUGCCUGAUGCCCACCUGCCCAGAUUACUGGACCUACUCGGGGUCCCUGACUACUCCGCCACUCUCUGAAUCUGUCACCUGGAUCAUUAAGAAGCAGCCUGUAGAGGUUGAUCAUGAUCAGCUUGAGCAAUUUCGGACCCUGCUUUUCACUUCCGAGGGGGAGAAAGAGAAAAGAAUGGUGGACAACUUCCGCCCCCUUCAGCCCCUGAUGAAUCGCACUGUUCGCUCAUCCUUCCGUCAUGAUUAUGUGCUGAAUAUACAAGCAAAACCCAAGCCAUCGACCAGCCAAGCGACUCCUUAAGACGAUUGUAUUUUGGCAGUAUUUUGCUUUAAAACAUACUAGCUUUUAAAAAAUUAACUAGACUAUUCUAAACACUUGCAUUUAACAAUAAUUAUAGAUGUGCAUUUUUGGUAUGGCAGUGUUCCUUCAGUCUUGGAGGAAAGCUCUUUGGUAAACAAAUUCUUACUUUUAUUGAUAAUAAUGUUUGUCACUGAAGUACCAGCAAGAGACGUAAGUUUCUCUUCUAGCAACCUGUUGGUAAUUGUAAUGUCUUUUUAUGUCUGACAUUUUUGGGCUGUCUUUUUAUGUUUAUCAAUUAGUGGUUCUAUAGAGUUAUAAAUAGGGAUGAUAACCAAAAUAGUUAACAACUGGUAAGGCACAGACAUUGACCAUCCAGAAUGCAGGCCUUUCAGAAACAGCCUCAGGGCCCAAACUGGUACUUCCUGACCAAACAUUGGCCGUGGUUUUAGGUAUAUUUUAUUUCAAAACAUGAAUGUGUAUUCUUUUAUAAGGCCUUGGCAUUGAAUAUGUUGGCCCUGAUCUUUAGUUGUCAUUACUAGUACAAGAUAUGCUUGCUUACUUACUAUCAAUUUAUGAUAUAUGAAAAUAUUUUUUAAUCCUAAGAAAGCAAGUACUUACUAAUAUCUAGAAAUCCUUCUGCAUUUCUGAAGAUCAGAGAUUUUACUUAAAGUCUGGAUCAUACAGAAAGCAUAUGCAGGACAUGUUAAAGAAAACGCUUGAAGUGCCUAGCACUUAAAAUUCUUUCAUGAUUUAUUUACAUAAAUGUUUUUCAAAAGACUAGCAAUAUAAUAGUCUAUAGUUUAUAGGAUUAUUUUGCGUUGUUUAUACACUUUUAUAGACUAUGAUGAUAAUAUUUUUUCCACAAUGACAGAACUCACUUGGCUUUUCUUUAAACCUGUCUGAACUUUAUUUCAUUAGUUGAGAUUCUACGCGAGGCAGGUGAUCAACAUAAAUCUCCCAAUUUAUACAGUGCUUUAGAAGAUGCUUGCUACAGUAAUAGAGAGAGAAACUUAUCAGAUAAGCUAAAAUCUAGAUAAUUCUACAUAUUCUGAGGGAUCCAUGCCUCUGUUACCCUUGCUUAUAAAUAUCUUGGAAUGUCUCUAAUUGCCUAUAAGCCUGUGUUCAGACUCAAUAUUGCGUUAAUAACUAGUAGUGUUUCUUUCAUUAACAUGUUAGUCAUCUGGCCUGCAAGGUAGGGCUGGAUGAACAUAUUUAAGACUACUGAACUGUCCACUGAAAAAGGUUAAGAGGAAAUUUUAUGUUAUGCAUAUUUUAUAAUUAAAAAUAAAUAAUACAGUAGAAAAAAAGGUAGGGUUGGAUUUGUAUGUGUAAGUUUGGGAGAUUAUCUCUGCUCCAAAAAAAGAGGGGGUGAAGGCAUUUGCUUCUAGAUUGCAGGCCUUUUCUGGGAAAGGGAAGCAUGUAUGCCCUAGGGAAUAAAUAAAAUUCUUAAAAAGAUAAAUGUGGGGGGAAAAAGUUUACGUUAACUUAGUAGAAUUGAUUGGUUUCAAACCAUGUUUGUCUUUAAAGGGGUAAACAGGGGCCAGACCGGUGGCACAGCGGUUAAGUGCGCACGUUCUGCUUCGGCGGCCCGGGGUUUGCUGGUUCAGAUCCCAGGUGCGGAUAUGGCACUGCUUGGCAAGCCAUGCUGUGGCAAGCAUCCCACAUAUGAAGUAGAGGAAGAUGGGCACGGAUGUUAGCUCAGGGCCAGCCUUCCACAGCAAAAAGAGGAGGAUUGGCAGCAGAUGUUAGCUCAGGGCUAAUCUUCCUCAAAAAAAAAAGGGGGGGGGGAGAUAAACACACAAGAUAGGCAUUUUCCAGGGCAUACAGGCUUCCCUCCUAGGCAUCUUGCAAACGCUUAGUGCAAAAUUCUAUUGCAGCGAGUCUUCCAAAUUGGGGUGAGAACCAGUGUAUGGAAUGCCCGACUUGCCCUUAUACCUUAGAGAAACAAAGGAGCUCUGGGUAGGGUGUUGCGGUUUGCCACCCCUGCUUUACUAACACCUGGUGUUCUGGUGUAAGUAUUAACAGCACCCUCUUUCACGCUCCGCCGUGGCCUGAUUUGCAUGAUAAAUUCUUGGUCACCUUCUUUGCAGAGGUUAUGGAAACUGCCUUGGGGGUGUGGUUUCUUCUGUGUCUUAGUCAUUUGGUCCCCAAAAGGGUGCUUUAGAUGUCCUGGUUACUGAUAUACCCUAGCAGGAAACUUGUCUGUUAUGCUUCCGGAAGUGUUUUACUUGUACCUUCCUAAACAUGAAGGGAAAAAAUAGGCUUGAGGUCUGUCAAAGGGCUUGAGAAAGAAUUUUGUAUUGAAAUUGCUGCUCAUCUUCAUUAAAUAAUAUAAUAAAGCCCCUUCUUCACAAUAUUAA